CCUGUCGGAGCGGGUGGAGAUCACUGGAGCAUCUCGCUGUCUCUGCCUCAGCAGGUUGUUGACUGACUGGCGAUGACUUAAUGAAGCACAACAACUGCGAGACCCUCCCCUGUAGCUGUCUUUGCUGUUCCCCAGCCUCUGCGAUUGGAAGCACAGAGAAUAGAGGAGCAGCUGUUGGACCGAUGGAUAAGAAGCAUCAGUACGGUUCACUGGAGCGCACUGAAUGGAGCAGAGACACCCACAAAGCAGAGGACGACGUGGUGUCCAUGGCAGACUCCACCAUCACCGUGGAUGACAUCGAGGGGGAGCUCUUUAAGAUUGAGAGGAUCAGGGAUGUCCUGGUUAGGAGAGAGUCAGAGCUCAGAUACAUGAUGGAUGACAUUCAGCUGUGCAAAGAGAUUACUCGUCUGAAGAAGGAGCUUCACAAAUUAGUGUCCAUACCAGAUAAUGACAAGUCCAAUGAUGACCGGCAGAAGGAGGAAGAGCUGCUACAGCAGAUCCAAAAGCUGGUAGAGACCAGAGAUUUCCUCGUGGAUGAUGUUGAAUUUGAACGUCUCAGGGAGAAAGAAGAAGAUAAAGAAAUGGCAGAUUUUCUGAAGUCCAAAUUGCCAAGAAAUCUGAAAAAGACAGGUGUGCCAACCAGAAGGGCACCCGCCAGGGCUCAGCAGACGUCUUCGCCCUUCACCAAGACAGGACUCACCCUCCUGAAAGAGUGCUGUGGCUUUACGUGCUCCAUCAUGUAGACUAAAGCCAAAUUACAGCGCUCCCCUGCAGUGCUCUUCCACAGGACUCCUUUCUCCACUUUUAGCUCCAAGAAGGACUUUAAAGCAUGGGUCGAGCAAUGACAGUGUAGUGAGCUAUCCAUCCCAGGAAUUCAGGAAGCAACUUCAUCUAUAUUUAUUUUAUUAUUAAUUUAUUAGCUGUGUCUUGGCUUUGCAGGUCAACCCAGUGUAUUUGUAUCUAUUUGUCAUUUUCACAUAGGGUUUGAAGGGCAGAAACCUCAUAACCCUGGUCAUUGUAAGUAAGUUAGCACGUUCUCUUAAAGUAAAAGUGAAAAAAAAAAACUACUAUAGCCCACAGGUUUAUAUCAGGAUGCUUCACUGAACUAUGAUUAUUGUCAUCUCCUCAAUAUGUGUGCAUGAGUCAGCAGGAUUCUAGACACCGCUAUAAUGUUAUUUGCAUUAUGAACACUACAAUAAUGAAUCUGGCAUUAAUCGGGAGCUCUGUCAGGAUGAAGUUGCCUGUGAUCUGACUCUAAAUCCAAAUAGGUAUGACCUUUUGAAUAGUGGUGGUUUGUGAAGGAAGAGUUAGUCAUCUAUCUCUCUCUAUUAUUCUUAAAUGAUUGGUAAGCUAACCAGGCUCAAGGGGGGUGGCUUUUGGCAAGACAGGUUUGGGUAAAAGGAAAGCGCAUAUUGGUGUUUUAGAUUUUGACAAAAAUGACUAAACCUAGCCCUUAAAAAAAUCUGUUAAGUUUUCAACAGAUUUACAGUGACAUCUAACAAGUUGACAUCGAUGAUAACAGUGUCAAGACACAAAGCCGUACAUAUGGCACUGUAUUCUCAGGACGUGGGGUCUUGUAGAUAAAGGUCUUUAGUGCACAAUAAGUCAUAUAUACAGGACAUGGAGUUCAUGGAUGUAGUGACCAAUUAAGCUAUCUUGCAUCUCUUUGUGUUGCAAAGAGGAGUUGUCGCCAUGGAAACCUUGUUUAACCCACAUCUUUCAAAUGGAACAGUGAGGAAAGUUGGACGGAUCAGAGAGAUGAGACUUCAAAAGUGUAACACAUCCGAAGGCAAUUGCUAUCAUGAAAGGCAGGCAGAGAACAAAAUAAUAUUACUAUUGCCACUUCCAUUAUUUUUUUCAAUGUUCUGGAUUACCAAAGCAUCUGAAACUCUCCCGCACUCUUUCGGAUCAUCUACAAAACAGAGAUUAAGUAAACACAAGAUUGUUUUACUCAGCUGAAAUGUAGAUAUGCUGAGGAUACAUGUCUCUAAAGUAGAUUCUGUUUGAGACCACUAAAUCUAUCUAAUUGGUUUAAAUGAUAUGUCUCUUCGGCACGCUUUCAGUUCUUUUCUAGACUUUUAAAUGGAUACAGCUGGCUCUUCACUUGAGUGAUUGGGUCUUUUGAUCAGUCUCAGCACUGUCACAGAGCCUCGGGGUCAUGUAUCACUCAGCAACCGCGACUGAUGGCGUCACGAAAGUCCAGAAAGGAUUCAAUGUAUGCUGGUAAUAUUGAAAUACUGUCUCUAACAGCCAAAUUAAAAUAUGAUGUAGCAAGUAAACUUAGCCAUAAUAUGGGUUUGUGCAAGUUUUUUGAGAAGACAGUAUACUCUGAUGAAGGCUUCAUUUUCUCUUUCUCCAAGAUAUGAAGUGAAAUGAUGAUGUGAACCAUUUCCUAGAACAAAAGCUUUUAGUUAGUAAAGGUAGGCCAAUUUACAAAUUCACAUGGAAAGAAAUCAUCAUACCACCUUUCUUUUCAUGCAGAU